GUUGAUUGUACUGUUGAAACACAAUUAUGUGCUGAGAAUGGUGUUAAAGGUUAUCCAACAAUAAAGUUUUUCAAUCCUAAUGAUGACAGGGAAGAACCUGUAUUGUUUAAAGGCAAACGCGAUUUGGAUGCCCUUGAAAGUUUCAUCAGCGAACAGCUGAAGGAACCUGAGGCACCCAAACCACCAGAGCCAAAACAUAAACUGUAUGAGCUAACCAAGGCUACCUUUAAGGACCAUAUAUUGAAGGGAAAUCACUUUAUCAAAUUCUAUGCACCAUGGUGUGGUCACUGCAAGAAGUUGGCCCCUGUAUGGAAUGACCUAGCUACAGGUUUUCAACACAAUGAUGAUGUCACAAUUGCUAAGGUGGAUUGUACUACAGAUAAAGAGGUAUGCGAUCAGUUUGAAGUGCGAGGUUAUCCAACUCUCUUGUUUUUCAAGAAUGGUGAAAAGGUUGACAAGUACCAAGGUGGUAGAGAUCAUGUUGCUCUGAAAAACUAUGUUAUGAAUAUGGUUGGUGGGGCAACAGAUUCAGAUAAACCAACCCAAGAACCUGUGAAAGAAGUAAAGAAAGAGGAAGGUACUCAAGAUACAGAGUCUAAUGUAAGCUAUUGA